GUUAGAUUUAGCCAAUAAAACUUCUAGCUUGAUGAAAAAUUCCCGCAAAAUUGUUGUCAGGAAAAUUUCCUUAUCCCUGGCGCGCCUUUUCUGAUGCUUACGCUCUCAUAAAGGCCGUCUGUACUAUUCUAUAUACACUUACAAUAUCCAUUUUUAUUAAAGAUACAUUUAUAGACCCGCCAGGUACUAAAUAAUCAUGUUUGAAGCACGCCUAGUUCAGGGAUCAAUGUGGAAAAAGAUCUUAGAAGCAAUCAAAGAUCUUUUAAAUGAAGCGAUUUUCGAUUGCUCGAGUACUGGAAUAACACUGCAAGCCAUGGACAGCUCCCAUGUCAGUUUGGUUGCUCUCAGUAUGAAAUCAGACGGUUUUGAAACUUACAGAUGUGAUAGAAAUCUAUCGAUGGGAAUCCACUUACCAAGUAUGUCCAAAAUAAUGAAAUGUGCUGGCAAUGAUGACAGUAUAACAAUCAAAGCUGCAGAUGAAGCCGAUACAGUUUCCCUGGUUUUUGAGUCCCCAAAUCAAGAAAAGGUGUCUGACUAUGAAAUGAAGCUAAUUGACCUUGACACAGAACACUUAGGAAUCCCUGACACGGAAUACAGCUGUGUUGUGAAAAUGCCAAGUGGUGAAUUUCAACGCAUUUGUCGUGAUCUCAGCCAGUUGGGCGACUCUGUAGUUAUUGCUUGCACCAAAGAAGGCGUCAAAUUUUCUGCUAGUGGUGAACUUGGAACUGGAAACAUUAAACUUUGUCAAAAUGCUAGCACUGACAAGGAGGAAGAGGCUGUGAUAGUUGACAUGAACGAGGCUGUUUGUUUGACCUUUGCUCUGCGCUACCUAAACUUUUUUACUAAAGCCACUCCUCUGUCUGGACAAGUAUCUCUUUCAAUGUCUCAGGAUGUACCGCUUGUUGUUGAGUACAAAAUAUCUGAACUUGGAUAUCUUCGAUUCUACCUAGCACCAAAAAUUGAAGACCAAGAAGCUGAAUAAUGUCAAAAAGAUAAAUUUAUGUUUUCAUUUCAGUCAUCUUUAUCAUAACUCAUUCAAACAUUUUGCUGUAGUUUUCACAAAUUGUACUUCAAUCUGUAAAUAAAAUCAUAC